CUUGUCCGAAUGCUUUUAACUCGCAGAAGCUUAGCUCUAGCGAAACAGGCAAAAGACUCGUUUUUGUCGCUCCGUGAUCUCCAAGCUCGAGUCCUCUCCACAGACUACUAUGACCCACCAUUCUCCCCUCUCUCCAAACCUCCAAAACCGAAGAAGAAGAAAACCCACCCGGAUCAGUCAUCGGAUCCGCUGAAUAACCCUCCGGCGCCGGUGACUUCAGACCUCCCUUUCGAUUUUAGGUAUUCCUAUUCAGAAACCAACCCGGAAAUCGAACCAAUUGGAUUCCGUGAACCGAAACGGUUCUCUCCAUUCGGACCGGGUCGAUUGGACCGGAACUGGACGGGGACUUGUGCUCCUGCUUCUCAGGAGAGUGAUCAGAGUCAAUGGUCGGAGGAGAGAGAGAAAGUUCUCGGGGAGCCUUUGAAUGAGGAGGAAGUGGCUGAACUCGUUGAAAGAUAUCGUCACAGUGAUUGUUCACGUCAGAUCAAUCUUGGGAAGGGUGGAGUCACUCACAAUAUGAUAGAUGACAUUCAUAACCAUUGGAAGAAAGCUGAGGCAGUCAGGAUUAAGUGCUUGGGAGUUCCUACUCUUGACAUGGACAACAUUUGUUACCACCUCGAGGAAAAAUCCGGUGGGAAGAUUAUAUAUAGGAACAUAAACAUACUAGUUUUGUACCGGGGAAGGAACUAUGAUCCCAACAAUCGUCCCACCAUACCACUCAUGUUAUGGAAGCCUUACCCACCAAUAUAUCCGAGACUCGUAAAGAAUGUCGCAGAUGGCUUAACAUUUGAAGAGACCAAAGAGAUGAGAAACCGUGGCCUUCGUACUCCUGCCCUAAUGAAACUUACUAGGAACGGUGUCUAUGUUAAUGUUGUGGGAAGAGUGAGGGAGGAGUUUCAAACAGAAGAGAUUGUGAGACUAGAUUGCACUCACGUUGGGAUGAGUGAUUGCAAACGAAUCGGUGUGAAGCUAAAGGAUUUGGUUCCAUGUGUUCCUAUUUUGUUCAAGGAUGAGCAGAUCAUACUCUGGAGAGGGAAGAUGAAUUGAGAUGAUGAAUUUAUUACUCUCUGAAACUUUGAUCCAGAACACAAUAAUAAUGUGACCUGAACAAAUCCAACUAUGGAACUUGAAUCAUGUGACUAGAGUAUAUUUUCGCUUGACCCUUGUAACAAUAAUUUGUUUCUUACCUUAUAUCGAUUAGAGAAGGAACACUACAGCAGAAGUUUUUUUUCAUUUAUUUUUGGGUGCAAUCUUUCAAUAUAUGUGAAUUAUAUUCCGG